AGAAGGCGUCAUUGCUCGCCCGCCAUUCUCUCGACGCCAUCUUGGACUGUUAUUAAGCAUAUGAUCGUUGUUGUCUGCGCUGUGAUUAUAUUGUUACAAAAUUAGUUUGUGUUAACAAUUUUUCAUAAAAGUCGUGUUUUUUGAAGCAUCUUUAAAUAAGUAAAAAUGGCACGUACCAAGCAAACAGCUCGUAAAUCUACUGGAGGUAAAGCCCCUCGUAAACAAUUGGCUACAAAAGCAGCUCGUAAAUCAGCUCCCAGCACUGGUGGUGUUAAGAAACCUCAUCGUUAUCGUCCUGGUACCGUAGCUCUCCGAGAAAUCCGUCGUUACCAGAAAUCCACUGAGCUGUUGAUCCGUAAGCUGCCAUUCCAGCGACUUGUGAGAGAAAUCGCUCAAGACUUCAAAACUGACCUUCGGUUCCAGUCUGCGGCCAUCGGCGCUUUGCAGGAGGCGAGUGAGGCGUAUCUCGUGGGUCUGUUUGAAGACACCAACUUGUGCGCUAUCCAUGCCAAACGUGUCACUAUCAUGCCUAAGGAUAUACAGCUGGCCAGACGGAUUCGAGGCGAACGUGCAUAAAUAAUACAAUAGUUUUAGUGUCUAAUCAUAAAUUAUUGUAAUUCGAAUAGAUGUUAAAUUCUAUAACUCUUUUUUUAUUGUCUCUCAUAUAUUAUUUUUAGUCUUAACAUCGUAAUCGUAAAAUUUUCGGAGGCAGCAGAACUGAAUUUUUUUAUAAAUAUUUUCUUAUGUAAGUGUUUCUAUGUUGUUUGUACGAGACAUUGCUAGCAAAUUGUAAUAAAAAAAUUAAUUUUUGUUACUCUGGCAUCUCUUGCCGAGUUGCUCGUUUCUAGUUGCUGUCUUGUGCAGCAACAUAGCUUAUAUUUAAGUGACUUGUGGUAUGUCUAGGAAGUAGUUAAGGCAAUAUUGUAACCACAUGAAAGGAACACGUGUUAGAAAUAAUUUGAUUCACUUCUGGAUAAUUGUGUAAUGAGAUACUUUGGUGUUAAUAAAUAUAAUUAGAGUAAA